GUUUCGGCACCGCUAUAUAAACCCGGCCGUUAGAGUUGUUCUUUACAACGAGAACACUACUCUGAUCAACAUGAGCACUUUGAUUUGCAUCCUGUUUGCCCUGAUGGCGACCAUGUCUGCUGCUCCGGUGGACCCCACGACCCCGGUGGCCAUUUUGGCGUAUACAGCGGAAGGACCAAACCCUGACGGAUCUUAUGUCUUCAGCUACGAGACUGGAAACGGCAUCAAAGCUGAGGAACGCGGCCAACUGAAGCAGUUGAACGAAACUACCUCUGUGAUCGCUGUCCAAGGAUCGUACAGCUACUCGCUCGAAGAUGGAUCUCCCGUGGCUUUGAGCUACGUAGCCGAUGAAAAUGGCUUCCAGCCCAAGGGCGAACACCUCCCGACACCCCAUCCGAUCCCUGAAGGGAUUCUCAAGGCCCUCGAAUACAUUGCCGCUCAUCCUGAGCAAGACAAAACUCGCUGAUCAAGGAACAGAGACCGAUGAUAGAUCGUUGACGCGACGAUAAGUCCAAUUACACGCAAUUCCUCUCUACAGACUUACAAAUUAGAACUUGUAUGUUAGUAUAAAUUAUUCUAAAU